UACGACGCUCAUGAACGUGUUCUGCUAUGCCGCCUCGCAAUUCCUACAAUGCCGACAGCACGUAAAGGCAGCAGCGUGCUUCACGACACCAGAGAUCAAAUCCAUCAUUGCAGCGCUGCACGUCAAACCCUGUGGUCCAACCAUGGCUGCACUUUUCAAAGCAAGGAAAGCUGUCUGUUUGUGUCUAAGUGGCUGUCGAAGACUGUCUCAGCUGGCAGAGUUACCAGAGACUCAUCAGAUACUGAGGCAGACCUGCAGAGACUACGCUGACAGGGAGCUGACCCCCAUCGCUGCCAGACUCGACAAAGAGCACACGUUCCCCACCAAACAGAUUCACGAGUUGGGGGCGAUGGGGUUGAUGGCCAUGGAGGUACCAGAGGAGCUGGGUGGAGCCGGGAUGGACUACCUGGCGUACAGUCUGGCUGUGGAGGAAAUCAGCCGAGGCUGCGCCAGCACCGGGGUGGUGGUCUCUGUUAACAAUUCUCUUUACAUCGGACCGAUUUUGAAGUUUGGUACAGAAGAGCAGAAAAAGCAGUGGAUCACUCCGUUCACCACCGGAGAGAAGGUGGGCUGCUUCGCCCUCAGUGAGCCAGGUAAUGGCAGUGAUGCAGGUGCAGCCUCCACCGUGGCUCGUCAGGAGGGAGAUGAGUGGGUGCUGAAUGGAACCAAAGCCUGGAUCACCAACUGCUGGGAUGCCUCCGCCACUGUUGUGUUUGCCACCACAGACAAGAAACUCAAACACAAGGGUAUCAGCACAUUCCUGAUCCCCAUGCCACACCCAGGGCUUUCUCUGGGGAAGAAGGAGGAUAAACUGGGCAUCAGAGCCUCAUCAACAGCGAACAUAAUCCUGGAGGACUGCAGGAUACCGCUGGACAACAUGUUGGGCCCUCGUGGUGCUGGAUUCAAGAUCGCCAUGCAAACCCUGGACAGUGGACGGAUCGGCAUCGCCUCUCAGGCUCUUGGCAUUGCGCAGGCUUCUCUGGACUGCGCUGCAGACUACGCACUCAAGCGCAAUGCGUUCGGAGCCCCCAUCAGCAAACUGCAGGCCAUACAGUUCAAACUGGCUGACAUGGCUCUGGCAGUAGAGAGCGCUCGGCUGCUCACCUGGAAGGCUUCGCUUCUUCGAGAUUCAAAGAAACCCUUCACCAAGGAGGCAGCUAUGGCCAAACUAGCAGCGUCUGAAGCCGCCACGUUCUGCUCACAUCAGGCGAUCCAGAUCCUGGGCGGGAUGGGUUACGUGACGGACAUGCCUGCUGAGAGGCACUACCGCGAUGCUCGCAUUACAGAGAUCUAUGAGGGAACCAGUGAGAUCCAGAGACUGGUUAUUGCAGGCCAGUUACUGAAGGAAUACCAGUCAUAGACACAUUUUUGCCUUUGGCACCAUAUGGACAGAUCUGAGAUGUCACCUAAUCCAUAAACACAGUGAAGUCAGGCUGGAUCAAAUUCGACAUGAGCUAAGGUGCAGCUGUUUUAAGCAGCAGGUCUGUGAGACGACGCUACAGAUGUUCAGAGGGAAUUCAGGUGAUUUUACAUUUUACAUUACCUCCGGUGUUCAACAGAAGUUAGGACUGCAUGUUAAACUCUGUACGAUAAAUAUCUACCGCCAGUUUAAAGGGUCAGUUCACUUGGAAUUUAUGCAGAAUGUUUUGCUGUUCUGUGUUUUUUUUUAUCUCAACCUUUGACAACCUCUGUGUUUCUUGGUGCCCAAAGAACUUUAAAAAAGAUACUGAAAGAUUGAAAAGCACCUUGUUUUACAGAAAAUAUGGAACUCUUUAAUUAAUUUAAUAACUGGUGUUUAAAGGUCAUAAGGUGGGAAUGAUAAAAUCUAUAUUGGCACCAUUUUUCUAUUUCUCAUUACUGGAUGACAGGUCAGAUGCAGGAGAUCAGUUUGCAUCUCGUCACAGACCUGCAGCUAACGCUUACCUUCUUAUUAGCUGCAACCACAACCUUUAUCUAAAUGAACCAACCAACGAUACCAUACUUUUACUUUACUGAAAAA